AUGGAGCUGUCCGAGUUCUGGACAGAACUCAACACAUUCACGAUCUAUGGGCCCAACCAUACCGAUAUGACGACCAAGUACAGAUAUCCGUAAGUUUUUUAAAAAAAUAAUCUAUAACACAGAAAUUUUCAGAUAUCACUUCCCGUUUGAGCAAGUUGAAGAUCCGCAGUUUUGGACACACCUUUUCCAGAAGUACUGGUACCAUUCGGUCACGGUUUCUGUGCUUUACUUCCUCAUGAUUAAAGGUCAGAACGUUUUUAGCAACUUUUGCUGACUUCUUGUUUCGCAGCGAUUCAAAAGUUUAUGGAAAAUCGGAAGCCGUUCACUCUCCGCUACCCACUGAUUCUUUGGAAUGGGGCACUCGCAGCUUUCAGCAUAAUUGCCACGCUACGGUUUUCCGUGGUAUGUCUUCUAACGAACUUUGGCCAAGUGAAAGAGAUAUUCAUUUCAGGAUCCUCUCCGUUCGCUGUACGUCGAAGGAUUCUACAAAACGUUGUGUUAUUCGUGUCAUCCGAAUGACGUGGCUGCCUUCUGGAGUUUUGCAUUCGCCCUCUCGAAGAUUGUUGAGCUGGGGGACACGAUGUUCAUCAUUCUGAGAAAGAGACCACUCAUUUUUUUGCAUUAUUAUCAUCACGCAGCCGUGCUCAUUUACACUGUUCACUCAGGCGCUGAGCACACAGCCGCCGGUCGUUUUUACAUCCUCAUGAACUACUUUGCUCACUCUCUCAUGUACACUUAUUACACGGUUACUGCCAUCGGAUACAGACUGCCAAAAUGGGUUAGUUUUAUUUGCCAUUUUCUAACAAAAAUCUUAAAUUAAAGGUUUCGAUGACUGUGACCACUGUUCAAACAGUUCAAAUGCUCGCUGGAGUCGGAAUAACUUGGAUGGUUUACAAGGUGAAGUCCGACUACAACAUGCCGUAAGUUGUCCGAUACCCCAGCUUUCCGAACGUUUCUCCUUUCCAGUUGCCAACAGUCCAUGGCCAAUCUCUACCUCGCCUUCGUCAUUUACAUUACUUUUGCCAUUCUUUUCAUUCAUUUCUUCGUCAAAUCAUACGUUUUGAAGUCCUCCAGAAAAUCGGUGAAGAAAGAUUAA